UCCCUCCAAUUUUUCUCUGUCCCUCCACACAGCUGAUGAGAUGAAUAAAAUGAACGGAAGGUAAAGCAAUCGCGACUGCAAGUGCAAGUAAAUACCUACAAUGUCUUCUGAGGAGGUGGACCUGCUGCUUUCCCUUCAGGAUCAGGAGAAGGUUCUCGAAACCCCUCCCGCUUCACCUGGAUUCGCCGGUUACCUCUCUGACGAUGACCGCCACGAUGGAGAAAAGCCUGAUAUGUCAGUGUUCCGAGACGCUGUUCAGGAUUGCCUUCAAUAUGAACCUAACCCUAACCCUGAGCCUAACCCUAAACCCAAAAGCAAGCCUCUUCUCACCAACGACGCCGAUGUUGAGAAGUUUUCAGGUCUCCGAAUAAGGAAUCAAUUGCUUACCUCUAACGAGAUUAGAGAAUCCUUCUCAGACAUUCGUUUUGUUCGCUUAUCUGUGAUCAAGAAUUUGUUGAUUGGGGAUACUUUUUCCGGAAGUUGGGUGACCGUUGGAGUGUUGACUGAGAAAGGGCCUCCGAGGACGAGUUCAACAGGGAAGACUUAUUGCAUUUGGAAAGUCGGCUGUCUCGAUGAGAAUACUGUUUCCUUAUUCCUCUUUGGUGAUGCUUACCAGAGGAACUCCCAGGAGCAAGUAGGAGCCGUCUUUGCGUUGUUCAAUUCUGCUGUCCGCAAAGAUCCCAAGGGUAAUGGUUUUUCGCUGAGUGUAUAUUCCUCUGGUCAAAUUUUGAAGAUGGGCACCUCUGCUGACUAUGGAGUUUGUAAAGGCAAAAGAGCAGAUGGCAUGGCUUGUACCCUUGUCAUAAAUAAGCGUUCUGGAGCAUAUUGUAAAUAUCAUAAAUCAAAAGCAUCGGGGAAAUAUUCUACAAUGAGAACUGAACUCAAGGGAGGAAACUUACACACAGCAUUUAGGUCUAGGGAUUAUCUCAAGUCAGAAGGAAUUUACUUAGUUGAUCCUCUUGCUGGAAAAGCAAGCUUGAAAAAGUCUCAGCCAGUGAAAUUGUUGUCAGUGGAUGGACUCAGAAAGGCAUUGAGCAACGCAGGAAAAGUAACAACUAAGACACACUCUCAGGGGAUUAGAUUUCUUGCUGAGGUCACAGCUCUUUAUUUUCUUAUUUGCAGCAAAGUCAGGCCCAAAAUUGAUGAACAAAGGUCCAAAGGCUCCAAAUGAACAAAGCAAUGGCACGGACAAGAGGAAAUCAUCUUGUGUGAAUGUGAUGGGAUCUUCUCCAGUCAUAAGAAACCAACAUUUGAAUGCUAAAAGAACAAGAACUGACGAACAAAUUGUCGUUGAUAAAACAGUGAAGAGUACUGGAAAGAUUAUUGAAUUGGAUUUUGUUAGCUCUGAUGAGGAUAUAUGAAACUCAACCGUUGCUACAGUUGGUUUUUCUGCUGACUGCAUAAACGUGAAUGAAGGCUUCCUAGCGGCUAACGUCAUUGGCGUUUAGAAGGUUUCUGUCUUAAGUUAUAUACGCUAAAUUCUCUCACAAGAAUUUCAAGUUUGUUUCACUUGGCGACAUCAGUCACAUAGGAAGAAUGAUUAGAUCAUUCACACUUAUAUUAGGGCCAUGGGGCAAACAAUCCAGUGCAGCAUCUUAACAUAUUUAGUUCGGAAAUUCAUUAGGUUCAAUUUUGAACUUGAUAAUGCCGUGGAGUUGGAUUACUGGAUUUCCUCGAAAAAUUAACGCUUCCAAAUUCAACACAUUUAGGAUAGGUUUUUUUUUCUUUAUGAAAGUAGAAUGAAUAAUAUAUUUUAAUGUUGUAAUUUUUGAUAUUUUUUUUAAGAUUGUGAAAGAAACCAAAAUUAA